GCGAAGCCACUGAGCUACCGCACGAUAGAAAAUUUUCGUGACAACCUCGCUCAAUACAAUACGGUCAACCGAACGUAAAGCACACGCCAGGCGUUUCGUCUCUCAAAAACAACACAUCAAAACUCUCGCAAAGUAAAAUCUUUAUUUAUACACAGAAUCCGAUUUAUUCAAAGAUCUGAAUAUCCGACCUAGAGAGAAAUUUAUACAUACAGAGGAAAUUCGUUGUCAUUUUCGGUUUGAAACAGAAACAAAAAGAAUAAAAGUAGUAAUUGACGACGAGUAAAAAUAAAGAAACAUAAUUUUGGUAUUCUUUUUUUUCUUGUGCAUAAAAUUGAAAAUUGUAAAAAUAGCAUCAACUACUGAAACACUACCAACGUAGCAACGAUCUUUUAAAAUUAAUUAAUUUAUUUUUCUGUUUUGUCGGUGUGCUUGACAAAAAAAGGAGCCGUGUAUCGAACGUUGAACGUGUGUCAAGUAAACGGAAACGUUAUAAAAGAAAAACUGUUGAAAUUGUGAACCGAUAAUUUGUACGGGAAAGAAAAAGUUCUAUCGUUUUUAAGUUUUUUUUUUCUUUUGGUUAAACCAACCGAACAGAAAGAGGGAGAUAAAGAAGUUCAACCACCAUUUUUGUGAUUUGUCUUUAUUUUACCAUAAAACAAUACAAAGAAAAAGCAGCCAAUUUGCUAUUUAAUUUAAUUCGCUCUUUUUAUCUACGAUCAAGUAUGAAAGUUCUAAUGAAAACACAAAGAAAAGAAGAAGCAUAACAACAACAAUACAAAAAAAACAGCAAUAUAUAAAUGAAACCAAUCUGAAAGUUCACAUCACUUCAAUUCGUAAAUGCAAGGUGAUUUAGUUUUUCGUGUAAAAAUAUUUUGCUUGAACGAUUUUACAAAUCACUUAUGUAAGAAUCGUUACGUGUUUUGUCAUCGAAUCGAUAGCAAACAUAAAAUUUAGUUAAAAACGAAAAACGGUACUGAGCAGAAGUGUGUAAAAGCGAGAGAAUAAAGAAAAUUUUGUAGGCCAAACUUUGCCAUUUGCGUCCUAUCGACGCACAACAAGAAUAGUCAUCGUUGAAAUUUGUAGUGGACUUCCUGCAAUUUUGAGUGGUGCAAAACACAACAAAAAAAAAUAAGUCAAGCAGUUCUCAAUCGAGUACCAUUUUCAUUGUGAAAUCCAAACUCGGUCGAAAAACUUUUUUUUUUGAUUGAUUGUGUUGCACACAAAGAGCCACUUCACCUAAACAAAAGGCCGGACAAAGAACAUUGGGCAGUUUUUCCUAGAGCAAGAGAAUACGGGGUAUUUUAAGUGAAUAGAAAACUCGGGCAAUAAUCCAUCACAUCAAGAGGCAAAAAUUCCACAGGCCAACUAUAUCCUCUUCAGUUAUUCAGCGGCUAAAAGCAAAGUUGUUGUUAUUGUUUUUUUUUCGGUCGUUUUUGUUUCGUGUGUCUGUGUAUAUAACGAUUGAAGAACGCAUAUUUCCCGUCGACAAACCGAUUUAGAAGAUAAAACGAAAGACUAUUUCUUGCAAAGAGGCAUAAAAAUAAACACAGAACGAAGUAAAAAAAAAAGUAUCGAGACAAAGUUUGUGAAUAUUUCCUUUUAUGUUCGUGAAAAAAAACAGAGGGAGAAAAAGAAGAGUGAGAGGUCAUCAAAUAUUGAGUGUGAAUUAUCCUCAUAAUAAGGGCCAUACACACUCACACACGCAAAAAAAAGAGACAUAGCCAUACGCAAGACAAUUUUCACCUAAUUUUUUGCACACCUGUGCCAUAGCUUCUGAAGUGAGGACGACGCACGCUUUGUGUGAGCAACAGAGACUAACACGGCCAAUAUCAUUUAAACUGGAAAAGAGAAUCGAUAAAAGAACGAUAACCAUUGAACAUUGAUUCCAAUUUUCUCUGUUUUUUUUUCUUCUUCGUCGUCGUCGUUUACCUGCGAAUCUCUCGAUAGCCAAAAGCCUCGAACUUUAAAGAGCGACACCCACCAGCCCACCAAACUCAAACAACAACAACAAAAAAUCAAAGGGAAAUCUGAUAACAUACAACAAAAGUGCAAACGAAAAACGGCGAAGCAACUCGAACGAAACAAAGUAAAAGAACAAAAAUCAGACGCAGAAACGGGAAUCGCAACAGCAACCCAAAACUCAACGAGUUCAGUUCCGAGUUAAAUCGACGGAUUGAAAACUGAAGCCUGAACAUUCGAAGCCAAAGUGUAGACGGGAACAAAAAUCGAUUUUCUCUGAUUUUCAACAAAAGACAGCGAGCGAGAACAACACAUACACAAAAUUUCCAUAAGAAAAAAAAACUUCAAGUAGCUGUUUUUAUUCAGUUCUAGUCAUUGAAUCAGAAGCACGACCACAACACCGAUAGCUAUCUAAAUCUUCGAACAACACGUGCAACACCAGAUAGAGAGAAGCCUGAAGAGGAAGUCAAGUCGACACUUGGACACAACGUACCUUUUCUUUGACUCUCACCCACUAUCACUGGAACGUACGAACCGUUUCGAUUGAGAAAUACCAACAACAACAAUAGCAUAUGAAGAAAAACGCCUGACAGCAGCAAUUACAAGUGACGACGUGCAAAAUAUAGGAAACAACCUCGAUAUUCCAUCAGUUGGUAAUAUCAGCAUCAUCAACAUCAGCGCACGUUUAACACACCAGUAGUGAAAGAGCACAAAACACAUUUACUUUUUCCGCUUUGAUAAGCAAAAACAGAAAACGUGCGAAAAACGGGAGCGAGAACGAGAACAAACGAAAAAAAAAACAAAUCAACAAAGCAGGCUGUUAUAGUGGGCUGUCAAUAUACCGAAGGAAAAGCACAAAACCAUCAACUUGCGGUUUACUACGAUCCGACGAAAAGUGUGUCAGAAACCGGAGAAAUAGAUCAUCCAAACGAACGAGAGUGAGCCAGAAAUAGGAAGCGUGUGUGUGUGCGUGUGUAUUCGGCAGCAACAAUCGACAUAGAGGAAAAAAAACCCAGCCGAGUCGUGUACAAACGGCAUCCAUAAAUCAAUCAACAAGAAGACUGCGUAAAAACGGCAAAAGCCACAAAAAAUAAAUAAACAUCACACGUUUUGCCGACUCGAAAUACACAUCGAAAAUCGAAUCGUUAUUUUGACGUACCUCUCAUUUGCAGAAUCAACGCUAAAAUAUACAACACAUACACAUUUCAUAUAUACAUAAACACAUACACACACACGGAGACACCGAUACGAUCUAGACAAUUUCGCAAAAGGCAAAUAAAAAUCGUCGUGUUUUACGUUUUUCGAACAACACAAAAAACAAAAUAAAAAUAAAAAGAAACCCUUCUAUCAAACGCUACGAGUAAUUCUAGUCAAUUUUUCACGACCGGAGACUUUUACCUGUUAUUUUUUUUUUCGCGCGCACACCAUUCGCAUUCCAUUUACUUUCUUUUCCAUUCUCGUGUGUGCAUGAAAGAGAGAACUGCCCUCAACGACGUCGAAGACGCUGCUGACGCUGCCACCACUACCAUCACCACAAAAAACGAAAAUCGAAACCGAUCAACCAAACAAAUCGACCGACAUUUUUCUUCGACACAAAAUUCAUCGCAGCAUUCAAUCAAUAUGCACAUAGAGGUGUCGGUGGCACUAAAUUUCGUUAUAUCAUAUCUAUACAAUAAAUUGCCACGACGUCGUGUCAACAUUUUCGGCGAAGAACUCGAAAAAGCGCUCAAAGACAAAUUUCAAGGACAUUGGUAUCCAGAGAAGCCGUUCAAGGGCUCUGCAUUUCGAUGCCUGAAAACUGGUGAUCCCACCGAUGCCGUUCUGGAGCGUGCCGCACGCGAAAGUGGUGUACCAAUAAGUGAUAUUUUGGAAAAUUUACCAAAUGAAUUGUCAGUAUGGAUUGACCCCGGAGAGGUGUCAUAUCGCAUUGGUGAGAAAGGUACCAUCAAGAUUUUGAUUUCUGAAUCACAUGAUCGCCAUUCGGAAGAUACAUCGUCGGCCGAUCGUGAAGUAACAAAGACAUUCAAUCCAGAAGCGCAAUGCUUUCGACCAAUCGAUGCGGUUAGCUCAUCGCUGAGCGCAUUAUCGUUGAGUCCAAAAACAUCACCACAAAAUUCACCACCGACAUCAGCACCGAGUCCAGCCAAUUCGGCCAACAAUUACAUGAAAAACAGAAACGGUUCGCCCGGUACAUCGUCAUCAAAUAAUUCGAACGGCGGGGGCGGCAAUGCAAAUGGCAAUGGCAAUGGCAAUGGUAAUAGCAACGGUAACGGCAGUUCCAACGGUGUUGGCAAUUCGUUUUUGCCACGAUCCCACGCUCCAUUAACAUUCACUACUGCCAGUUUCGCGGCAACGAAAUUCGGAAGUACAAAAUUGAAAACCAAUUCAAAGCGUACAAACAGUCGCAUGUCACCAACUGAAUUUUCGAACUAUAUCAAACAGAGAGCCAUUCAGCAACAAAGUCAUCAUUCCCACAAUGGUCACAAUGCCAUGACACCGAUUGGCCCAACGACCAACGGUCAUUUGAGCUCGAUUGGUCCCGUAUCUCCAGCUCGUUCGCUAUCACCAAAUCCACUGUCUGUUGCCAUUAUGAAUGGCGGUGCCGGUGGUGGUGCUGCUACUGCUGCUACUGCUGCUGCUGCUGCUGUUGCUGCAACGAACACAACAAACAUGUCAUCUCGAAAUAUGCCGAAUGAUUCGUUCUUUUUCUCAACAUCGGCUGGCGUUACAAAUAGUUCAAAUAUGAACUCAUCCGCCAUGUACUCACCACCGCAAUAUGGCCGAAACAAUUUGUUCGAGCCAAACAAUCCGUACCCUAGUGCGGUCAAUACAACCAAUACAAUUGGCUCGAAUUCGUCAUUCUAUUCGAAUGGAUACGGUAACAUUGGCAAUGGAACGGCAAGUAAAUACUCACCGUAUAUCGACACAAGCAAUUACUAUGGGUUACCAAAUGGUCAACAGCAACAGCCAUCGAAUGCGAUGAAUUCACUUGGUGCACCAUCUCCUCAUAUCAACGGCAUGACAAAUGGACACCACCAAACAUUGGAAUCCAAUUUGAAUACAGGGAAUAUCAAUCUCUUGGUCGCCAACUAAACUCGACCGCACUUCUACUAAAAAAAAAACCAAAACACACACCAUUCACUUUGGAUUUCCACUCUAUCAAUCAAACUAAAAGAAAAAAACGAAAGAGCGAAAGAGAAAAUGUUCAUUUUUUUCUUUCAUUUAAACUUUAAGUGUGUACAGUGAAAACAAGCAAAAAUGUGUUAAGGGCGAAUACCUAUAGCGUGACUUCGUAUAUAUACGAUUUAUUCUCAUCAAAAGCUAAAAGGCUUACAGAAAAUUAUGCAAGUUUAAGCAGAAAGUAAACACAGAAGAAGAAGAGAAAAGAGAAAAAUUUACCAUAAAACAUUCACACACCGAACGAGUGCUGAACAUAUUUGAAUUAGAACAUUCUCACAUGACGUCAACAGUUGCAAAAUUUGCAGCCACACACGAUUGGACAUUUUACUAUAUCAGAAAUCGGAUGCACUUGAAUGGCUAAUUACCAAAUGUGAAGUGUUUUUUUAUAGAAACAAAUCGAUUUUUUUUUUCAUUUUACUAUACCGUGAAGAAGAAAUAAAACAACAACAAAACACACAUACACCGAUUUCGAAUCGUUAUUCGAUGAUUUAGAAAACGAAACAUGUUCUAUUUCUACAAACAACCAUUGUGAUUUUUCGUUUGGAUUGAGUUUUAAUUUUGGUUUUUAUUUACUAGUUACUUUUUUUUUCUCUUUGUAACACAUAAUGUCUAGAUGUAAUAGAUCGUAAUGUUUGUGUUUUCCUUUUUUUUUCUAAAGAACGAAAGGCGUGAAAAUUGAUUUCAUACCAUAAUUUUUGUAUUUUAUAACCAGAGAAAAAAAAAGAGGACAUGAAAUGGUGUCAACAAAGAUACAUACACAAGAACACACUUAGCAACUAAUCGGAUAAUGAUAACUUUUUUUGAAUAUUUACCAUUUUUUGUAGAAUUCUUUUCGUGUGCGUUUAUAAAAUAAAAAAACAAUUCAAUGAAAACAAGUGAGAGGAAGAGAGAAGGAAAGAGAGAAAAAUUACAUUUAAAAUUAAUUUUAGUUUACGUUUACUUAAAGUAUAAUAAAGCUAAAGAUCAGCGGGCAAAAUGCCAUAAGACGUGCAACUUUUGUGUUAUAUAAACUAUUUUUUAUGAAAGAAGAAAACAAACAAAUUAUGAAGUUAAUGCUAAUCGAAUUGGCUAAAAGUAAUUUCAUUUGAAAAAAAAAAACAAAAAUUCGAAUAAUAUACCAAUCAAACGCUUUUUUGAUAUUCGGUGAUGAUUACUAAGUAAAAUGUAUACUUUUAAUAAACGUUCGAACAGGUUAAGUCACAAAAAAAAAACACAAACACACAUAUUUAACAAAGAAAGAAAAAGUUCUUUCGAGUGCUAUUCUGCAUGCAUCCAAAAAAAAGAGAGAGAAAAAAAACGAUGUGAGUCUAUGUUUUUGAAGUCAUUUUCAGCACCGAAUAGCGACAAUAAUUGCAGUAACAAUGAAAUUAAAUUGUCGAUUCGUUGAAAUAGUCGAAUUAAUUUGCAAAUACCAUUUUUGUUGAUAAGAAAAUCACAGAGAUCGCCCUCGUGCCACCUGCCACUCGCACUCAUUCGUUUCUUUUUGUGUUUCGUUUUUCAACGAUAUUUCGUCAUAAAUGGACGCGUAUUCAAUUCUCCUCGCUUGUUGUUACCAAAAUGCGGUGCGAACCACAUUGAAAAUUCAUUCGACGUAAUGGAAAAUUCGUAUUUAUUGGGCGAAAAACUUGCAGCCAAAAUCUGCACUAACGAGCACUUGCUCGCUGAAACAACAUCUCAGCGCAACGAGAGAUUUCUAAUGCUCUUACGGUUUUACACACAAAAGCGUAUUUUCGCAAUUACCCUUAUUUCUUUCGCCACCAAAAUAUUCCAUCCUCUUACAAAAUCCCCCGAUGUACAUAGCAAGAGUAUUUAGGAAAGAAAAAAAAAUUGGCCACAAAAAGUUAGCCAACUACAAAAAGGGUGGUUUGCCAUUUCAUACAUGUUUUAUAACAAAAACUGUAUCGUAACGAAAUGCGGCUGCAAUUACCGAAAACAAAAUAACAAACAAACUGAAACAGUCAAACUGUUGGGCGUCAUUUUUAGUUCGACUUUUUAACGAAAUUUGACCGAAAGCUACCGGACGGAAAAUUUAUAGAAAAACCAACAAAAUGAAAAUAAAAGCGAAAGCGAUUUAAAAAAAAAACACAUACACAUGGAGAGAGUUAAAGAGUACCAUACAUUCAAUUUUUUCAAAGUUUAUUGAUGUUAAAUUCUAUUUUUAAUAUUGCCAUCAGAUUCAGACAUCUAAUGCUAUACAAUACAAUAUUUAAAGUGAAAAUGCGUUCAAUUUACUCUAAAAUGUCUACAUUUAUAUAGAUUAUUGAAAAGAUGAUCAACUAAACACACACACACACACACACACAUACAUUGGAAUCGAAAUCUUGAUUUCGAUCAAAACAUAAAAAACAGAGUUCAUUGUAAAAUAAAGAAAAAACAGAUUAACUAAACAUAUUCAUAGUGUUGCAUAUAGCCAGCCAGAAUACAGACAAAAAAUUAAUCUUUAUAUACCGAAUGUUGAAGUAUAGACACAAGAAACAAAAAUACACCUAUAACUGAAUUAAUAUUAUGUAGCUAAUAAUCGAAGAAUUUUUCUCUUUUUUGUAAGUGAUGAAAAAGAAAUAACAGAAAGCAAAAAAAAAUCAUGUAUUUUAUUCCUGUUAUAACUUUCGUACAUAUGAAAGAAAUUAAUCACCAUAGUAGUUGUAUUAUGAAGUUAGUUGAACAAAAACAAAAACAAAAUCUCUAUUGAUAUAUGUAUGUGCUGUAAAACUGUAGAGAGAGAAACAGAACGAACCAAAGGAAAAGUUAAUCGUCUACGAUUGCGUGCAACAGAAUGGACAACACAAUGAAUGAAAGUUUUUUUUUUUUCAAAAAUUUUCAUAUGAUUUUCCAUAUUCGAUCUCUUUUCUCUCUGUACAUUAUUUUGGUGGUUUUGAUUUUAUCAAGUGUUUUAUUUUCUACUGUUAGCCCGAACAUAUGAACCAUUGCGACAAACAAAUUCCCUCAGAAUAUUUUAGUUUCAAAGUGCAACAUGAAUUUUUUUUAUAUAGAGUUUACAACAACAACUCCAUAUGAAAAAAAACGUUAUGUUGCACUUUAAAACUAAAAUAAUUUGAGGAAAUUUGUUUGUCGCAAUGGUUCAUAUAGUAUAUAUAUAUAUAUUAGAUUGAAUAGAGGAAAUUCGAAGAAGCAACAAAAGAUGUAGGAACAUAGAUGAAUCGUAGCUAAAUGUAACGACUAGUAGGUUUUAGGUUAAAUUCCAACUAGACAAUUCGUUUUUUUUUUACGUUUGAUUUGUAUAUUAUUUUGGUUUUGUUUCUAUGUUUAUCAACAUCAAUCGUUAUUUUUUCGUUCGUUUCGUUCCGUUUCGUUUACUAGUGAGUUCAUAGUAGCAAAUGAUAUUGUAACAUAAACCGAACAAAAAAAAACAUAGAGGGAGACAUUAGAAUCUAAUUUGUUUUUUCUUGAAACAUCAUAGAUAUUUUUAUAUUACCAAGCAAUGAUGAAAAAUACCAGAGAAAAAGAUGAAAAUAAAAUAAUCACAUAGAAUUUAAUGAAGAAAAAAAAAAUGAAGAACGAACACAAUUUUUAUAAAUAUUUUUUAAACAAAUCAAAUGAUUUUAUUUCUAUUUUUUGUAACACGAUGAAUGAAAGAAAGCUGUAUUUAAAAGAGAAAGAAAAAUGAUGAAAAAAGAACACUAGUAGAAUGCCAGUAGUCAAAUGGAACAGUUUUAAUCAGUUUUUUUUUUGUUCUGUUGUUGUCACAUUUGAAUGAGCAAACGAUAUGCAAUUUGGUGCUUUUGGAUUACUUUUCGGAAUGCAGCCCAAAUAUGACCGAAAGUAAAACGGGUUGUGUGCAACUAAACAGUUUGCAAUGCGAUCAAUUUACAAGUUUUAAUUCGUUUUUAUUGUGUAUACACUGCACAUUUUGUUCAGGACAACCGUAAAAAAUGCAAUAACUCUGUAUACACAAGUUACUCGCAAUCAAAUUCGUAAUAAUAGAGCCAAACAAAGUAGAACAGUUACUCGAUUAGCAACUUUGUCUGCCCUUCAUUGAAUUUGUGCCGUGGAUAAACAAAGAAAAGGCUCAAAAACUUUAUCUUCUUUUAUUACCCCAAAGUCGAUUCGGUUUAAAUAAGGAAUUGACAACACUGCAUUGUCCUUGACAUUCGAAAGGUGUUCCAAAUGUGCUCGAUUGCGCUCUGAUACCCAUUCAAUGUAGGAAAAUCUAUAGGAAUAAAAAUGCAAAUAGCUAAAGCAGCGGUAUGUAUGUGUGUGUGCAUCAGAGAGCGAGAGCCCAGAGUAUAUAACAAUGUUUUAUUUUCGAGGCGAAACUUGGAUUUAAAGAAGAAAAAAAUAGAAAAUAAAUGAUAUUUUUUUAUGUUGUUUGUUAUUAUUAUCUAUGACCACUUUGUUUUAAGUUUAAUACAUUUUCUAUGCUUUAUUUUUUAUUAGACAUUUUUACCGUUUUUAGUGCGUUGAUGAUCGAAAUAAAAAUCUGUGCUAAUUUUUCAGAAAAAAAAAAACAACAACAACCAACCAAAAGCAUAUUCUUUUUGUUUGUUCUUUAUUUCAUUCGAUGUAUAAUUUGUUUAUUUUUCGGUUUUGUCCUUUUCUACAGCGAAGCUAAUGAAAAGUGUUUCUUGUUUCUUGUUCGGAGUUCUUCUUAUUCUCUUUUGGGUUCUGGAUGGUUCUUAUUCACUAUCUUUGUUUUCACUCUUCCUGUAUUAGUUUCAAAAGAAUGUUUGAAAUGACCGAUUUGACCCCGAGGUGGUGGCUACAAAAUACUUCCGACAGCCCAUGAAUGGGUUCAUUUUUCAAAUCGUGGCUAAAGCUAACAAAAUCUAUUAUAUAUUUCACUUUAAUUAAGUCCGUUUGAAGUUCAUUUGUGCCUUGAGCUGUCGAGAAAUGCGCUGCUACUUCCUCAGAUUCAUAUCGGUCUAUUUGGAUGAUGGUUAUACGAAAACAAAGAAAAAAGAGCAUAAAAUAUAUCCAUGUCGAUUUCGAUGUAUGAAGAAAACGCGCUGCAAUAUUUAUAUAUAUACCGAACAGAGCAUAAAACAUGCAUAUAUCGACGUAACAUUUAAGCGUAUUCUAGACACAAUAAGUAACCAUUUAUAUCUGGAUAGUUAUAGCGUGUAUGGGUUAAGAAAUGGACAGCUUUACUUCUUUUCAUUUUACUUCAUUUCCAUUCGUUUGUUCUUCAGUUUCUGUUUGUUCCUUUCCAGUUACAAAGAUCUGUGUAUUUUCACAAAGUGAAGACGAAAUGCAAAGUAAUCGACGAUAGUCAAAGUGACAUUUAAACAACAACAAAAAUCUAUGUAAAAAUUACCAAAAAAUUUAUUCCAAAAAAGGAGAGUAAAAAACUAUCACUUCUGAUGAACAUAAAAACGACAUUAAUAUUGCUAGCAUUUUAAGGGAAAAAAAAUACGAAAUUCUAUUUAAAGAGAUGAAAAUAAAUUAGUUGAUAUAUAAUUUUUAUUAUACUUUAUAGAAGAGACGGAGUUGCAAAUAUUGAACCAGUUUGACAUACAAAAGGGAGAGAGAUAUAGAGAAAAAAAAACAUAGCGUAGAAAGUGAACGUAAGAGAUUGUAAGAAUAUUCCGCUUUUCUAUAGUAAUAAAAUUAAUAUACAAUUAUCCAAUUCUUUGAAACAUUCCUGUGGGUUCAUACGGACACAGGUGAAAAUGUUUUAUAAAGAACAAACCAGAGCUACUGUUUAUACCAAUGAACACCUGUUUUUUUUUCUAAAGAAAAAUGGUUGUUUAAAUAUAGUUGAAAGUUUCAACUUGAUACAGAACACUUAAUCACACCGUAUCAGGCCGAUUCGUUGAGAGGAAUAAACAGUCUACGUAAUCACAACUGAAGACAGAGUAUAUUUUAAAUGGACACAUUCCAUUCGACUUCAUGCCAUUCAUGAAUAGUGUAGGUGAAAAAGUGUCAUGCGUCAAAAAUUAGGACGAAAUAAAACUCAUUGCAUAUCAAAAAGGAAACGAUGUUUGGUCACUGAUCAAAGCAUAAAAAAUUAAAGCAAACUACAUAAUUAAAAUCAUUACAUGACUUUCUUGAAAUUGGAAUUGAAUUUCGAUGGGAAUAUGGUUACGAUUACCGUUCUAUCGAAAGAAUAACAUUCAAUUCGCCCACACAACUUAUUAUCAUCGUUCAAUUGAUUCCAUCGAUAUCGGAACGAGCGAUAUUGAAACGUGAGCUGUGGCAUGCUGUUUUGACAUGGCUUUCAAUGAAGCAAAGUCACAGCCGCUUAAACUACUCCGUUUCUUAGAGAUUGUUAUUACAAUAAAAUUGGAAUAAACGUGCGUCCAUCACGUGGAAUUGUUGACGGGAAAAACGCUUCUUUCAAGUACCUGCUAUAACUUUUUUACACACACACAUACACACACACUCACUCACUUCGGUUAAGUUUUCAAAUUCAUGCGAUUGAAGAUUUUCUUUUAUGUUACCGCUAAUUAAUCAGUUUACUACAAGCUGUUUGUCUGUCGCUGCUUCAUUUUUCCAAUCGGAGCCCGUCACCGAGCUCACAUUAAUAAACUAUGACUAAAUUACGGCUUCCCUUUGGAAAAAAAAAAGAAAAAAAAAAUAUAAAUUACGACAUUUUCAAUCGAAAGCAAUAAAUUAGACUCAAAAGUAGAAAACAGUGUAGUGUGUGGCGCGAACUUUUAUUUUUUCUGUAUCAGUAGUGUUAUGUUAAGAGAGCGCAAUUCCGACACGUGUAACACAGAGACCAAAUGCGAAUGUAUGGUAAUAUUUGGUUGAUAGAAUUCACACUGUGUUUCGUUUCUUUGUUUUUUGUCUAAUUUAAGACAGAAAGGAGAUAGAAAGACGUUGACGCCAUUUCUUAAUUCAAAUUCCAUGUGGAUCUGUAGUGAAAGACCACUUGGAAUACAACUCAAUUAGAAAUCUGUAUAGAGCCAAAAUGAUUGAUGCUGAAAAUGAAAAAGAAAGAAAAAAAGAAAAUUAUUUUUCCAUCUCGAACACAGCACAAAUGUAUGUGUGUAUGUCAUGCUCACACUGAAAAUAAAACAACUCCGAAUAGAAUGAAAAGAAAGAAGAAACGGGUGGUAAGACAAACACACUUACACUAAUUUUAUAAGCCAUAAGAAUAACAUCCACACAUGCUAAUUAAGUAAAUUUAAUCGUAGUUUUAACGACUAAAUUAUGGCAUCAUACCAAUGAAAGUAUUAAGAGACAAAAGCAUCCAUUUUGUGAGUCAAAAUUUUGUAUUUAAUUGACGAACUUCACAACAACAAACAACAUUUAUUGCUGAAUGAAAUAUUAUUACAUCUAAAAAGACAUUUAUUGGGUAAGUAAAACGGAAUUUCAUAGAAAUUCUAGGCUAAGCUAACAAGCUAAUUAGUCAUUAAAUGAAAACAAAAAUAAAAAUAUAAAAUCUCGUGUUCUUUGACAAAGACCACACAAAAAUGGUUUAAAAUUUCGUUUGUAAGAAAAAGAUGAAGAAAAAAUAUAAAAUUAUUUUCCAACAAGCUCUAAUAUCCUCAAAUCUUUGAUUUUCGGUUCUUUUUUUUACAAAUCGGUAUAUUUAAAGACAUUGAAGUAACAUCAAAUUUUUGUCAUAACACUAUGAAUAACCGCGGCAGCGGACGAAUCGGAUACUAGAUAUUAUCACGCUCAUAAUUGAUUAAAAAAAUGGAAGAUAAAAAACAAACAAAUAACAUAUUUUUCUUGAAAGAAGAUUUUUUUGUGUGUCGUAAUCGAUUCGAAAAAAAAAAAAACAAAAAUUACUAAAUUAAGGCAUGAAAAGCAAAACUUGGCAAUUUUUAUACAUUUAACUUAACAAGGAAUAAAAAAAAACAGAACAUAUUUUUUGUAUUCAAAGAAAGACUUAUAAAAAACAACAACACAUUUUUGUAUGGGCUUUUCAUUGACGAAUCUUUAUUCAAAUCUUUGAUUUAAAAAAAAAAACAACAACAAAAAAACCAUUCGACGAAAAAAAAACACUUCAGAUCAUAAACACUUUCUUUCUCGACGGAUAAAACUUAAAAAAAAGAAAAACAACCAGCAAUGGUUAUGUAGUACAUCUGAUUUUCGUUCGUAACGUUCAUUACAAAUAAUACGUAUUCAUAAGUGAUUCGGUGUUCUUUUUUACUUUUUUGCGAAAACCAAGAGAAAAAACAAACUAUGUUAUUAGCAUUUUUAAGCAUUUUCAUGAAAACUGAGGAAAAAAACCCGUAGAGUCCCACUUUGAUUUCAUUUUUUAAAUCUUUUUUGUAUUGUAUGUGAAACAGAUUGUUUCGAUGAAUAUUCUGCUUUGGGAAGAAGGAAAAAAAAUGUAUCACUUAAAACGUCUAUUUUUAUUUGAUGAGUUUAUAAUAAAAGAGCAACCAUUCAUUUUCAACAUGUGACACAUUCAAAAUGGUACACAUCUGCCCAUUCUCACUAGCUGUAAUCAUUGCUUGAAUACAUUAAUUUUGAUGAUGAUACAAAAAUAUAAUCAAGAAACAUAAACACACACAAACACGGAGUUAAAUCAUAAGAGAAAAUGCAUGUAAUUUGGAUUCGGUGACCUUUAAGUACAAAAUGACACAACACAAAAUACCCUAAAGAGAGUAUAGAAUAGGGUGGAUCGGUUUUUUUAACGAAUGUGCGAAACUAAUUGGGCCAUAUCGCAAUCGAAAAAGGGCGGAUAGACAAGGGAUAAAUCCAAUUGAGCAGAUAUUUAUGAUAUAGACAAGGAUUGUGUGUUGUCCAGCAAAUUUUAUGUAUAAAAAUCGUUUAUUUCGAGCUCUUCCAAAAAUGUGUGAGCAAAUUCAAGGUUCGUCAUCACUUUUUGGUGGCCGAGAUACUGUAGAGUGAUUAAAAAUCCUAAUCAAGUCAAUCUACCUUAAACGCUCCAAAUUGAUGAAUGACGAAAUCGAGAUAAGCAAUAAGAGGAGCAAAAAAUUGCGAUUUCUAUACGUAAAAUUGACUCAGGCCCUCUGGGUAUUUACCUAGGUUUUGAAACAAACACACCAUUUCUAGCCAUUCUUUAUCGAUUGAGAUAUGUCUCGAUUUGCUUCACAUAUUGACUUUAAAAACGAUUUGCUCCAGUUUAGAAUCUUAAGAUAUCAGAACAUAAAAAAUAUUAAAUGAAAGUAAAUGGAAAGAAGAAAUAAAAACCACAGCAACAACUGAAUGUUGAUGCAAUGAGAAAAAUUCUUCUUUCUACCAUACUUUCGGCAUAGUACAUAUUGGAAAUCGCUUUGCUACACUUAAAACUUUAUACAUAAGUUGAUGAUCCAUUUUCCUAAAAUGUUUCAAAACCAGGCAAAUUCAAGCUAAAACUUCAUAAAUGUAAUUGAGCCAUCAUUCUAACGGAGAAGAAGCAAGAAAAUACACAAAAUUUGACUAUUUUUUUAUUUAAUCACCCUGAAAAUUCAAUGUGAAAGAAAAUACUAAAUACCAUGGAACCAUAUUUAAAAAAAACAACUUAAGUAUAACCCUGUACAGACAGACAUAUGGAGAGAGCAAAUAGUCACAUAGAUGUAACAAUGAAAAAUAAAACAAUUGCAUUAAAAUUACAUGAUUUUAGACAUAUGUAACCGUAAAAACAAACAGCCCGAAAAAAAAAUUCCUGGAUGGUGCAACAUUACUAAGCAUAUAUCAUACGAACCAAGAUACAACUACAGUUUUUUCGCUAUGUAAAUUUAAACUAACAUAUAUAAAGAGAAAGAAACCUGAAAAAGUAGAAAAUCCAUUGCCCAACUUUAUGCAGCCGGAUACAUUGGCGAGUCGUGACUUUUGCCAAUGAUCCCAUGGCUAACUUGUCUUGAUUUCCAUUCACAAAACGAAACAAAUUCUUCAGUUUUGGAUAUGGUAUUUGGUUUAUUUCAUGGCGAUCAAUCGCAAAACAUCAACUAUUUUCGUUUCAUCUUCGGUUUGUCAUUGAAAUCAUAAACUAAAAGCAAAAAACAUGCUUCGAAUGUCAUGCAGUAAACACAGCAAUUACUAUUUAAAUAGAUUAAGACGAACGAUGACGGAAUGUUUAUUCUAUUCAAACAAAACAAACAAAUAAAUACCUAACCAACAACAACAAAAAAAAACAUCACAGAAAUACUACAACAGAGUGAAAAAAAAAUGCAUAAAAAUUUUAAGAGGGACAUAUAUUAGAUGCCAUCAAUCAUCAUUAAGAAUAUGAUGUAACUUGACGCUCAAAAUAGGUAAAGAAAAUAGAUUAGACACGAUGAAGCAAAAAAGAAAAACGACAGAAAAAAAACAACUCAUUUGCCGGCAAGCCUGACAAUUGCUGCUCACACAAAUUAAGCGCUACCCAAGUACAUGAAUAACACAUAAGCAACUCUGAAUAUUUAAACGAAAAUAACAACCCAUUGACAUUUCAUUUUCCAACAAUUGACAAAAUUGAAAUAGUGGCCGCAAUGAAACGUGAAAAGCAGUUGAAUUUUCGCAAUCACUUUCAACUUGUUAAAUUCAGUUGAAAGACGAAGAAGCAAACAACAAUCGGCCUACAUUCAUUUUAAAUAGCCUCCGUAAAACCAAUUCAUACCAAAAAUAAACACACACAAAAACAAAUAAAACCCAAUUGACAGCUGAAUUAUCGAACAUUGCGUGGAUUGAAAAUGAAACCAUGAUUCAUUCCGGAAAAUCUUAUCUCGAAUUUCGGAAUGAUAUAUUUGAAAACAGGAAAUAUUUCAAGAAAAUGUUCCAACAUGAAAAUAUAAAGCAGAUAUAACAAGAACAGAAAAUACUAACUCUUUAAAAACCAAACAUGAACUUUACCCCAAAAUAAAAAACCAAAAUAUAUUGAUGUGUAUUUUUGUUGCUAACUAUUUUUGACGUAAGAAAACCAACACAUAGUCCAAAAGGCAUUCCAUAAUAAACCAAAAAAUAAAAUUACAUAGACUAGUUGAGAAUUUAAUGGACAACCAAAAAAACAAA